AUGGAUCGUGCCAAUGCAUUCAAGGCUCACAUUGAAAAGAGUGCCGAAACUAAUAAGCUAUAUGUGGUGCUUCAAGAAAACCUAAAAUCAGCGCAAUGGCGAAAAUUAAUGAAUACAAUUCAGCUAUGCCCUAAUUUUCUGAUAGAUUUACUAAGGCAUGGAUUCUUUUCAUAUCUUUUAUAUUACGAUGGUCUUGACUCUCAGUCUAAAACCUCUUUCAUUAUUUUGAUAUUUAAAUUAUUAUUACGAAAUAAUAUAUUACCACGGCAAUUUAUCAAAGAGAAAGAUAUUAUAGAAUGUGCACAAACACAAAGUCCGAUUGUUUUGAAAUAUUUCAUGGCGAAUCGAGAAUUUGAUCCAGAUUUUGAAGCAAAUGAGAAUCAUCCUAUUCAGUUACUAAUAGCGAGAGAUAACCCAUACGAUUUGACUUUAGCAAUUGACAUUUUUCCCGAAUUUUUUCAGAAAACAACUCAAAUGGGUGUAAAGUUGCUCCAAUUUGCUAUUAACAAGAAUUUAACCAAUAUACUGAACAUGUUUAAUUUAUUUAUAGAUAUAUUUCAUAUUAAUUCUCAAGAAUUUACAAAAAUAUUUUGCCAAUUGAAUCAAGACUGCCCAAAUAUCUUACCAAAAUACCAAACACUACUUUCAAAGAAAUUUGCAAUACCAAUGCUCUUCGUUCCACACGAAUGUCAUUUUAAUUCUCAAGAUUAUUUCAACAUCAACGUAGACGAUGAUUUUAACAAGCCAUUUCUUAAUCUCAAAAACUCAAUACCUAAGUGGGAAGAUGAUCAAUACAAUUCUGAUCAUGUUUUUCAGAGAGGUUUGCAAUUAUUAGUAGAUUUGCCAUAUUUCUUCCUUUCUGAUAAAAAAGCCCUUCUUAAUAAUACUUACUUAAAGGUUCCUCCCAUCGAUAUGGGCUCAGCUGAAGGAACUGGCAUGUUAGAACACGUAAUCAGGGAAUACUUCAAUUUUCUUCAGCAAACUGCUUAUUUUGAGCCUGACCAUAACUUUGCCCUUCCAAAUAACCAAGGAACUGAACCAGAUUACAUUGAAAAUCAAAAAAUUAUAUCUUAUGGUCUCGGAGUUGUAAUUUUGAAGUGUUUCUUAUCGAAUCUCAAGAUAGAGAUAUCCCAUAACUUACACUUUUGGGUCUACGAAGCUCUUAGGUGCGGAUUUACGAAAAAAUACAUUAAAAAGAAAUCCCCUGAGAACUUAGUGCACGAAUCCUUACUGUACGAUGGCAAUUUAACUUCCGCAAUGCUUAACGAAGGCUCAGAACCCGACAAAGAAGAAUUAUUAAGAGAAAAUUUAAUUUUUUGUGGCAAUCGCGCUGAUUAUUUGAUAGCAUUACAUGAUGGCUUCAAGCUUAAGUUCCGUCCCGACAUUCUUCCUGCGAAAUUAGAAAAAAACAUUUCAUUAUUGAGGUCCAAACUAGAGAAAUCCAACUUUUACGAGUCAUUUAAGAAACUAAACCUUUUUGCCUUGAUGAAAAUCAUGAGUCCCAUCAAAGAACUCUCAUUAGACUUUUAUAAGAAUUUAUUUGAGGUCGAGUUCUAUGAAUCAAUAGUUACAAAUAACAAAGCUGAUGGAAAAGACCAAAGGCUUCAAGAAAAUUCUCAAAAUAUGAAAGAAUUCAACGAAGCAAAACAAAUCUUUUACCAAGCUCUUGAAAAAUGGUAUUAUGAGUCAGCCAAAAACGAAACUGAUACACUCCGGAAGUUUUUCCUUCUUACUACCGGUUCUGACAUUUUUACGACAUGGGGAACAGUGAAAUACACUGUAGCCAUCUCCAGGUAUUCUUUUGAUGGAAUGAACUAUAUUAAAUGUGAAAACAGAAUCCAAUCUUGGACUUGCGACCACUUAAUUUUAUUAUCUCCAUUCCAAACAGUUGAAGCCUUCGAAGAACAAGUUUUACGCAAUUAUUCUCAUCUUGAUAACUCUAUACUUGUAGAUUAA